AUGAAGGUUUUUGUAAUAGAUGAGGAAAAUUUCGAUUUCGACUUCCUAGUGGGACUAGACUUUAUUAAAGAAUUCUCCCUAGUUCAAGAUGAAAAGUUAAACAUUUGUCAAAAAAUACCUCAACAAGAAUGUGAAAUAGUUUCUAAGGAAACAAGAAAAACAGAUAUUGAUAAUAAGGAAACAAAAUCUGAAAAUUCUGUAAACUAUAAUGAAGAUAUCAGAGGAGAAAAAUUUGCAAUUUACAUUAACCAUCUAGAUUAUACUAAACAAGCAGUGAUUGAAAAUUUAAUAUCAUGUAACAAAUCUGUGUUUGCAAAGGAUAAAUAUGAUAUAGGAAAGAUUUUAAUAGCCUUGUCAUUUUACGCGACUGGCUCGUACCAGACCCCAGUGGGAGACAGCAAAUUUCACCCUGCAUCCCAGGCCAGCGUCAGCAAGGUCCUCGAGGAGGUGACAGUGGCACUAAAUAGGCCUGAAAUAUUUCACAAAUAUGUGAAAUUUCCAUUAAGUCGCCAUGAGAGGGAGAAAGUGAAAAGAAAAUUUUAUAGAUCUACAAGACUGCCCGGGGUUCUAGGCUGUGUGGAUGGAACCCAUGUGGCAAUUGUGACACCCCACGAACACGAGGAGCGGUAUUUUAACAGGAAGGGGUAUCAUUCUCUAAAUGUUUUGAUAGUAAGUACUUUCAAUAAAGCAUAUUUAUGUGACGCUGAUCUGAUGAUCAUGAAUGUAGACCCGAGUUACCCAGGGGCUACACAUGAUAGCAAAAUUUGGGAAAACCACCCAUUAAAAGGAGAUUCUGGGUAUCCUCUCAGGGCCACUCUGAUGACACCCAUUGAGAACGCCUUGCCAGGGUCUCCAGAAGCUCACUACACCAGUCUUCAUGUGUGUCUUCUGGCUGACCGCCGGCUUCAUUACUCGCCGGAGAAAGCAGCGAGAAUAACCAACGCCUGCUGCGUACUCCAUAACAUCGCCCACGCUGGCGGCAUCGAGUACGAGCCACUGACCGAGGAGGAGGCACGCCGCGAGCGCCAGCUCACCGAGGGCGCGUCGCCCCGCGCCCCGCCCGCGCCGGAGGACCCGGCGUCUGUCGCGCGCGCCGUGCGUGCCGGUCGUGAGCGCCGUCAUCGUCUAGUCAACCAGCUGUGGCGCCAAAGACAUACUACUCUGUCAAGAAAGUAG